UUAAAGUGUUUAUGCAACGAAAUUUUCGACAUCGUUUUUUUUCGCAAAUCUAAAAGACCAAGGUGCCGUGAGUACUAUGCAAAAAACAAAAUUAAAAUCCGACGUAUAGAACUCAUUUUAUAACGUCUCAAAAAUAACGAUUUUGAGAGUACUUGCGAAAAUUGAUCGCGGCUGCGUGACGUCACAAGUAGGACGCAAUAAUCCGCAAAAUGUAAAUAAACAUGGCGAGCAAAGGUGAAUCUAGCCAUCGCGGUGGCAAAUAUUGUGUCGCUGGCGGACCAAAUAACGUGAGCUGUACGAAUGGCCAACACACAAAAGAGAUUUCAAUCCAUCAUUUCCCAAACGCGACUAAAGAGCCUAAAAGACACGCCAAAUGGGUUAAAUUUGUUCGAAAACAUCGACCGGGAUGGAUUCCUUCGGAGACGUCAAUAUUAUGCGGCAGCCAUUUCGAAGAUUCGUGUUUCGAACAAAAUAGAAUUAUUGCAGCUUCGCUGGGUAUAAAGACAAGGUUAAAUCGUGAUGCAAUGCCAACACUUGACAACGCAAACGAAGUCAUGCAGAUCGAGGAAUCACUUUCAAAUAGGAAACGUAGAAAGGUGAGAAUUUAAAUAUAUAAACUGAAUAUAUUAAUAAAUUUAUAUCUGUUUGAUACUCUGGUGUACAAUAAACUGUAAACAUGUUUGAGAUUGCUAUUUUCAUGAAUCCCGUUGUUUUGUUUUAGACUAUGCGUGAUAUCACUCUUCAAGUAGGGGAACAAAGUACACUAGAGGAGAGUACGUCUUCAAAAGUGACCGAAAUCGAGGACAUCGCAUAUUCGUCAAAUAUACAUGUAUCUGAAAAUACGCAUGAGCCAUUUUUGCCAAAUGAGCCUGAAUGCCAUAAUUGCACAAAAUUAAAGGCGAAAGUUGUUAAGCUGCAGAAGAAAGUAAGCUACCUGACGAAGAGACGACAAGAACUAAUCUCCAGAACUGAAAAGGUUAGAAACACUUUGUUUUGUUUUAUUUACAUUUAGAAACACCCCUUGCUUUGUUUACAUUUAAUUUGCUGCAUAUGUUUCUGGCAGGUAAAUUUUCGAUUUAUAUACAGUACAAUAAAAUAGAUUAUGUUCUGCAUUGUUUAAUCUACAGCGCAGAACAAUUAAUAACAAAACUCUAUUAAGAUAUUAUACCUAGGAGUUGUGGCAGGUUAUGAUUAUUAUAGAACAAUCAAAUUUAACAACACAUGCAUGGCAAAUCCAUAAAGUGCUUAUUUUAUAGGUAUUAGUAGCCAAAUUGUUUGUAACAUUUUAAAUGUUUGUUAUUUUCAGAAUGUUGAAAAUGAUGAAGACGAAACUGAUGUUUCAGACUCUGAAGUUUGUAGUGAUACAAGGACAACUGAUACUCUUGAUUCCUUGGAAGAAAUCGAUGUUUCAGAUGAUGAUGUUGAUGAUGUUGACUGGGAGAUCAACUUGGAAGAUGAUGUUGAUUCUUCAGCAAGUGAUGAUGAGAACAACACUGUGCCUAAAAAUCUUGUGAGGUAAAUACCCAACUAUACCUUAUGGCUGGCUUGUCUAUAAUUAAAGAUAAGGUCAAGUCCGUUCUGCGCAUGUGCUAUUGUGUGGGUCCCCACAUGUAAGCAUUGCCCAUAUUUUGCAAUAUUUUACAUAUUUUCAAUUUGAAUUGUCAUUCAUAUUGAUUUAAAAGCCCAACCAAUCAGAAUGAUGUCAGAUAUUAACUAAGUACAGUACAACCUGUUUUUAAGAAUAAAGUGUUCUCAAAGUGUAAACAAAUCAUGAAAUCACAUUUGUUUACAUACGAACUUGACAUUGCCUUUAAUUAAAACCAAAUAAAUUCCAGUUGUAUGCGAAUACACUUGUCACUUGUGAUUGGUAAUACAGAAUAUUCUUGCAUUAUUUAUCAAUAUUCAAUAGUGAUCAUUUCAAUGAGAAUUUAUUUAAAAAUAUUUUCUGUAGGAUUUCAGAAGGAACAAAACCUGGUGAUGAGCCCAAAUUUGUGAUCUUUUACAAUAUGUUGGUAGCCAUAUUCCAGCAUUUUUGUUUCCAUUGCAAAUGGGACAAACCUUCAGUGGAAGUACACAGAAUAGGGACAAUGGCAAGUGUGACCCAAAAAUGCAACCAUUGUGGGAAAGUUUACUGUUGGAAAAGCCAGCCAUCAAUGUUUACAAAGCAUCCUGCUGGAAAUAUUAUGUUGAGCUUUGGCAUAAUGGCAUCAGGAGCA